AUGCCCAGGAGUACACCUUGGUCAUCGAGGCAGAGGUACGUGCUUCCUCAAGCUCGGCAGCUGAUGGCAAUCUGGGGAUUCUACUUGAUUUUGUUGUUAGCUGAACUCAGCGCUGCAAAACAAUUAUUUGAUUUGUCCGCCAAAAAAGUGUGUGAAACCGAAUCCUGCAAAGAAAGAGCUAAAAUGAUUUUGGCCAGCAUGAACCAGACCGAGGAUCCUUGUACUGACUUCUAUGAAUACGCCUGUGGAAACUGGACAAAAACACACAAAAUACCUGAUGAUCAGACCGAAAUUGGACCUUUUAAUAUUCCUACUAUUAAACUUUGGAUGGUCUUAAAAAAUAUUUUAUUGAACGCUACACUUGAGGAAGAGGAGCCGCAGAAUGCUACUGAUAAGGCUAUUCUGGCCUACAGCGUUUGUGUCUGUGAGACUUUCAACGAAACAGCGAAAUUUAAUAACCUGCUGAAGCUACUUAAGGAAUAUGGCUUUACCAAGUGGCCACUACUGAGUAAAGAAGAAUCACCUUAUGAAAACUAUACUCAACUACUCAACCAAUCAACUUUUCAUCCAUUUGUUCGUUUCGAAGUAUACCAGGACGCUAAAAAUAAUCAUUCAAACGUGAUUUACCUCGACCAAAUUUUGUUUGGCUGGGUCAAUGAAAACGAACUGAUUAACCAGACAACAGAAGCCGGUGUCAAAAUGGUUGCGGCCUACAAGAAACUUAUUGAGUCAACUACGAAGGUCUUCAGGCGCGACUUAACUGAUGACAAGGCGCAGCAACUUUCCGAAGAUAUACUGCAGUUUGAAGCCACACUGGCAAAGCACUCUAAGGCUGAUGAAGACAGAGGUAACUUGUCCUCAAUGUACAACGAAAUGAAUAUCUCCACCUUGUCUAAAACGUAUCCCAAGAUUGAAUGGCUAAAACUAUUCAAUAAUAUGUUUGCAUAUGCCAAUAUGACACUGGAUCAGGGCGAACGUGUGAUUGUAAUGGAGCCUGCUUAUUUUCACAAUAUUCAGGAAAUUCUGGAAAAAGCAAAUAUAUCUACGCUGUACAAUUAUGUGUACUGGACUUGGAUUCGAAUUUAUGGUGCUAUGACAUCCAAAGAGCUUGGCAACGUCUUCUUUGACUUCGAUAGAGAGAAAUUAGGCGCACAGAAAGACGAACCACUGUGGAAGAAGUGUCUCACCAAAAUAUCACACUUAAUUCCACACGCACUAGGUCGUCUUUAUGUGGACAAAACGUUUCAUCCCAAAGCCAAGAAAGCUAUGGACAAAUUAGUGGGUGUCAUUAACAGUACUUUUGGAGAGAUGCUUGAAAAUAAUACAUGGAUGGAUAAUCCUACACGUGAGGAGGCAAUGAAAAAGCUUCAAAAAAUGGCAGCGAAAAUUUAUUACCCUCCUUGGAUACUGAACGACACGUAUCUUAAUGGCCUUUACGAACACGUGCCUCCUGUUUUCUUGAACGAUUCGUUUCUGAAUGUUCUCCGCGGCCUGAUUCUAAAUAGCGACAUUCAACUACUUUUAAGUUUACGAAAACCAUAUAGGAAAGAAGAUGCGUGGUACACACGUGCGGCAGUGGCAGAUGCGUUUUACUAUCCAAUCACUUAUGACAUCACCUUCAUUGGUGGAAUACUGAUGCCGCCAUUUGUUCAAGACGAUGUGCCUUCGUCAAUCAACAUGGGAACUUUUGGGAUAUUUAUGGGACACAAAAUUACUGAUUGGUUCGUCGACGGCGGAAGUCAUUUCGAUGCUGAUGGACAGCAGCGGGACUGGUGGACAGAGAGCGCGCGAGAUGCGUUCUUGAAAAAUGCUGAAUGCUUUAUAGAACAGUACGGCAAUGUAACUGUAAAGGAAGAGAACUUGGCGCUGAACGGAAUGAAUAAUCCGGGUGAAAAUAUGGCCGACAAUUCUGCCCUAAAAGCAGCGUAUCUGGCAUUUAAAAAGUUGAAUGACGCUGAAGAGGUGCUUCCUGGGUUAAACUUAACAGGAGACCAGCUGUUUUUCCUUUCGAAUGCUAUGGACUUGUGCAAAAAAUUUAGGGAAAAAAGGCUGCGAAAUGAUGUAGAAGAUGACCCCCAUAGCCCUGGGAAGUAUCGGGUGAACCUUGCAAUGGGAAAUUCUCCAGAAUUCUUAGCUGCGUUCAGCUGCGAUGAUGACUCGCCUAUGAACAUUAAAAAGAAGUGCACCAUGUGGUAA